AUGGCAAUUGGUGCAUGCAUACGAGGAUUUAAGUCGUCAAUGCGGCCCGUGAUUGCUGUUGAUGCUACUCAUUUGAAGUGCAAGUAUAGAGGUGUUUUGUUUGUUGCGACCGCAUUUGAUGGAAAUCGGAACAUAUAUCCUGUUGCCUUUGGGAUUGGAGAUUUGGAGACGGAUGCAGCUUGGGAGUGGUUUUUGAGAAAACUACAUUGUGCAAUUGGUGAUUGCUCGAAUCUCGUUGUUAUAUCAGAUCGCAAGGUUAGCAUACAGAAUGGGUUGCGUAGAGUUUUUCCUGGGGCAAGCCAUGGUAUUUGCUUUUAUCACUUGAAAGGCAAUAUCAAAGCCUCAUUUAAGUUGAAGCAGCGGGAUCCGAUAUUGGGGUAUUUUGUAAGGGCAGCUAAGUCUUAUCGUCUAGCGGAGUUCAAUCGUCACUUUUCCAGGAUAAACAAUGACCGAGUGCGAACUUAUUUACUACGUGCAGGCGUCCAGAAGUGGUCUCGGGCCCAUUGUGAUGGACGACGAUAUAAUGUGAUGACAACGAAUAUUGUGGAGUCCAUUAAUUCAGUUCUUCGGUUUGCAAGGAUGCUUCCGGUGCUACACUUGAUUGACGAAAUUACAAAUCUACUUGUCUGUUGGUUUAGGCAACGUCGAGAGUUAGCAAUGAAAUCUCAUUCUAUGUUGUGCCCUGAUUUAGGGGAAAUUAAGUUAAGGAAGAGGUUAGACGUUGCGUCAAGGAUGAAUGUGGUCAAAAUCAAUGAGGUCGAGUAUAAUGUUCUGGAUGGUGAUUUGAACGGUCUGGUGCACUUGCAAAACCGUAGUUGUACAUGCAGGAAGUUUGACUUGGAGCAACUCCCGUGCAAGCACGCUAUUGCGGCACAUGGGUUAUUCCCCGAAAAUUUGAAGAAGGUCAAAAUCCUCCCUCCUCUUUGUAAGGUUAUGCCGGGCCGUCGCAAAACGCAAAGAAUAGCUUCUAAAGGAGAGGAGUCCCGUCAAAAAAAAUGCUCAAGGUGUGGUGUGAAGGGCCACUACCGAAGUACAUGCAAACAAUCUGUCCCUCUCACCAACAAGCAGCACGUUGCGUAG